AUGGAUCAAUAAAAUAAAAACAAUCAAAGCAAAAAUGAAAAAAAUGAAUAAAAACCAUAAUAAAAUGAUGAGCUUAUUCUACCAAAAAUGCCUACAUAACCAAAAAUGCCUAAAGAACCAAAACGGCCUAUGAUAAUGAGGAUGCAAACUGGUAAAGAUGGAAUGAACUUUGAGGGUAUGGCUGAAGAAUCUGAAUUCAAGGAUAAAGUUUCAGAGGCAGUUAAAGAAGUUCUUCUAUUAUAGUGA